UUAUUUAUUAAUUAUGAAUUUAUGAUUGCUGUGUUGUGUUGGUGUAGCAUAUAGCAUCAUCGUUGCCAGAAAAAGGUGUCACUCCACCGGAGCGAAGCAAAGGAACAUCAAACUUCUCUGUUCGCUUUCUCUCGCUAGGGUUUCCGCUAGGGUUUCGCUCUGUUACGCCAAGCUGGAGAGGCACAGAGGAGACCGUUACAACAACAAUGAUUUCCACAACGACAAUAACUAUCGUCACUCUAACAGGGGGCGCUUCUCCGAUUCUCCCAUGAACUACCACAAUACGCGCCGGAGCCCUUCCGGUUUCCGCUCUGGCGCUGCCCCUAACCCCCGCGCCUUCGACAGUCCUCCACGUCGCUCUCCUGGAAGGGGAGGAGGAUUCCGGCCGAUGGGCGGAGAAGGUCCUGGGGAAUUCGGAUUCAACGGCCACCAGCCGCCGCCGCUGGUUGGCCAGAAACGAGGGUUUCCUGUCGCCGGGCGCGGAGGCGGUUCACCAGAUCGUUUAGAUGGUGGAAAUUUUGCUAAGCUUUUUGUUGGAUCUGUUCCCCGAACAGCUGUUGAAGAUGAUAUUCGUCCAUUGUUUGAGGAACAUGGGAAUGUGAUUGAGGUUGCCCUCAUCAAAGAUAGAAAGACAGGACAACAUCAAGGUUGUUGUUUUAUAAAAUAUUCUACUGCAGAAGAAGCUGAUCAGGCAAUUAGAGCACUGCAUAAUCAACAUACUCUUCCUGGAGGUGUUGGUCCUAUACAAGUGCGAUAUGCUGACGGUGAACGGGAACGCCUUGGUGCAGUUGAGUUUAAGUUAUUUGUGGGCUCUCUGAACAAGCAAGCUCCCGUAAAGGAAGUUGAGGAAAUUUUCUCAAAAUAUGGUCGGGUUGAAGAUGUUUAUCUUAUGCGUGAUGAGAAGAAACAAAGUCGUGGAUGUGGUUUUGUCAAAUACUCUCACAGAGAUAUGGCUGUGGCAGCUAUUAAUGAUCUUGAUGGACUCUACACAAUGAGAGGUUGUGAGCAACCACUAAUUGUCCGGUUUGCUGAUCCUAAAAGGCCUCGCCAAGGAGAUUCCAGGGGUCAGGCCUUUGGAGGCCCAGGAUUUGGUCCUAGAUUUGAUGCACCAGGUUCAAGACUUCCAUCCAAUGUUACAGAUCCUAUGGGCGAUCGAAUGCCUCCCCCUAAUGCUUGGCGACCAAUGCAACCCCCAAAUAUGGGGCCAUCCACUAAUGCUGGUGUUCAUGGCAUGGGGCCACCAAUGCUUCCAAGAUCUGGUGAAAUGACAUUGCCUACAAAUGCAGGCGGUCCUAUGACUGGCUUGGGAGGCCCCAUAGAUGGUCGUUUUCAAGUUCAGUCUAUGCCAUCAAUGUCACAACAGAAUUUCAAUCAGUCCAUGCCACAAAUUCCGCCACAGAAUCAACAAAUAUCACCCUUGCAGAAACCUAUUCAAUCAUCACAGGAGUUGCCAUCAUCCCAUCAUUUGUACCCUCAAGCACCAGUUCCCUACCCACAAACAUCUGUUAGACAGCAUGGCCAGCCACAUCUUCCUCCUUCUGCUGGUCCUCUUCAAUCUCAGCAGAUACAUGGAGUAAGUGGACAGUUUCCAACUUCUCAACCGCAAACUCAACCAAAUGCUUUGUCUGCUGCAUUUCCUCAGGCUCCUCUUGACACCAGCAUGCAAUCUAAUACUGCAUUAGCUACAAAUCAACAGCAAGUUCCUCCCUCCGUGCCACAACAGCCUAUUCAGCAAUCCCCUUCUCCCUUAGCCCAGAUGCUGUCGCAACAGACACAGACUUUGCAAGCAAGCUUUCAUUCAUCUCAGCAGGCCUUCUCCCAGCUUCAACAACAACUGCAGAUGAUGCAGCCUUCUAGUCAAGCAUUAUCAUUGCAGCAAAAUGCAGAAGCUACUAAAAAGCAUUCUCAAUGGGUUGGGACUGUAGCACAACCAGUGGCCAGCACUCAUGCAACUGCACCUGCUGCAGAUGCCCCUUCAUCCAUACUUGCUACUUCAGCCUUACCAGCAAUAAACCAUAACUCGGCACUUGCCAAAUGUAAUUGGACAGAACAUAUAUCUCCUGAGGGCUUCAAGUACUACUAUAAUAGUGUCACUGGUGAAAGUCGGUGGGAGAAACCUGAGGAGUUGACGUUAUAUGAACAGCAACAGCAAAGGGUAUCUGUUCAGCAGUCUCACGCUCAGUCACAACCUUCGGUACUACCUGCCCAGCAAAUUCCACAGUUCCAACAGGUUCAGCCUCAGAGUCAUCACCAAGGACAAGUUCUUCACCAGCAACAAGCACAACAGCCUCCUUUGUCCUCUUCAUUCCAGCCAUAUGGCGUUACAGGCCCUCAAAAUGUUCAGGAAGUUGGUUAUAAACAGUUACAGCCAACUGUUAUUUCAGCUGGUGAUCCAGGACGUUACUUACAGGGUGUUCAUUCUACACAAGAAUUGAUGUGGAAAAAUAAGCCUUCAGGAGUAUGAAGAUGAGGCGGCAUAUUUAAGAGCUUGAGGUGGAACACAAUGUGUUAUCUGAUGCUUAGAGGCAGAGGGCCACAACCCCCUUCAUUUUGAUCCGUUGUGUGAAAUGUAACAAUUUAUUUUGGCCCUCAUUGUUGAGGUUUCAGUAUCAGUUACUGCCUAUGUGGGAUUCUAAAACAUGGUUCCCUCAUCUUCCUGUACCAUAAAAUAUUUGCUUAAAUAUAUAUUUUAACUCCCAA